AUGCGAGCUAUUCAAGAUGUCCUUAUUACUGCGCCCACGCUAGUGAGUGACGAUGACAAAUGCCAACCGGAUUUGAAGACCGAUGCAAACAAACAUGACAAAGGUGUAGUCCUUAGCCGUGUUGACCGACAAGACAAACGACGGAUCAUUUUUAUCAUUCGGGGAACGACUAAGGCGGAGCAGAACUACAUUUUGCCACCACCUUUACGUUUGUCGCUUUAUGGUUUGGACGGACAACAUGGUCCUGAGGAAGUGCGACGUAGCGUUGCUACCUAUGUCUUGCCGUGUGCCCAUUGUCAACUGAAGAAACCUCCAUUUGUCCAAGUGAGUAGAAGGCUGAUGCCGAUUCCUCCAGCUUCGUCUUCACCACCACCCAUUGUGAAUCUUGUUAAUACAAUGAUAAAAGUGGCUGAGGUAGAAGAAAUUAAUCCUGUAAAACUCUUCAUCAUCACUGUUAUCAGAAUUUUGGUGAAUCUAAUGUUGGAGACUGCCGACUCAGAGAAUAAGAAAGAAUUGAUAUACGCCCAGUGCAAGAUUUGUAAUGAUGGUCGUUUUUUUUCUGGCUCAAAACAAGCAUUUACUAACUUUAAUACGCAUUGUGCAAGAAUUCAUCUUGACGAGUGGAACAAAUUUUCAACACCAGGAACAACAAACAACCAGAAUUCAAUUAAACCCUUCGUCGUUCUUACUUCUUUACAUGUUUCCAGAAAACGCCAGCUCGACGAGGGGAUCACUCGAGUUGUUGCUGAAGGCAACCUUUCAUUAAACAGAUUGAAACUGAAGCCUUUGCGUGAAUGGAUUGAGAUGGGUGUUCCUGGACAUUUGGUCUUCGAAAAGUAUGGUUGGUAUAUUGGAUUUACGAGUUCUGGAGUUCUUAAAACCUUUGAACUAUUCAGAUGUUUAGCCAUCAGGCAAAUGGUUGGAAAGCAUACCGGAGAAGCAACUAUCAGUGAAUACGAAGACGUUUUGGAAGAAUGGGGAAUACCGAUUUCAAAGAUUGUUCGGGUCGUGACAGAUGGUGGUAAAAAUAUGAUUCGGGCCUUUAAUCUGAAAUUUCCUACAAACAAGUCUGAUCCAUUGAAUCAUUUAAUCGUCGACCUAUCAGAGACUGAAGCACAGCGGCCUCAGCCCAUAAUUACUGAUCUGGAUGAAUAUCUUAUAGUGGAUAUAAAAAUUGACUGUGACGACAUUUCUUUGUGGAAUAGAAUCGAUGAAAUUCAGCUCUCCUGUGUUCAAUUUGAUAGUGACUUCAACCAAUUGGAUAAAGAGGAAGAAAGUGAAAUGGAAGAAAUUGAUCAAGCACUACGAGACGGUUUUUUUUACGUUCGUGUAGGGGACAACGAUAUUAUCCACGCACAACAGAUUGUUUUAUCCACACAUCUACGAGCGCGCUGCGUGGUGCAUUUCUUACAACUUGUGAUCAAGGACGGUCUAACCGCAAUUUGUAGCGCUGCAGUUGUCGCAAUGGAUAAAGCAUUCAGUGUUAUCGCUUCGGUACGAAGAAGUGCCAAUGAUACCGAAAUCGUUUAUAAAGCAACAAAAUUGCAUCUACUGGCGAAAAACGUAACGCGAUGGAACUCGCAGUAUUAUUCAAUAAAGGGUUUCCUAAGAAUUUUAGAAAUUGAUCCUCUGAUUCAGACCAAACUUAAUGCCACCAAAGAAAAAUCUAAUCGUCUUACCAAUAAAAUGAUUGGUAUUCUGAAGGAAUUAGUCCUGAUUUUAGAACCUUUUCAAGGAGCAACCGAUGACUUACAGGCCGAUUACGAGACACUCGGCAACGUAAUCCCAGCCUACUUGGACCUACUCAAUAAAGUAAGCUUGUCAAGCGAGGAAGAAGACGGAACCAUCAUCAACAAUCCUAACUGUCCUUUUGCUAGCAAAAUUUUUCACUGCGCAGAUCUGGUGGAUGCCUUAAAAAAAUCUCUGAAAUCUCGAAUGUCAUAUGUUUUGCAAGACACUUACUAUGUGUCAGGUGCUGUUCUUGAUCCCCGCUUUAAAAAAUGCUGGAUUGCUGCAACUUCAAUGUCAGAGCACGCCCUUUUAAACAGCGUUAGGUUUGAACUAACUUCAAGAUAUUCAAAGCUAAAAGACGAUGAAAGUGAAUCUCACAGCAAUUCAACUAAUGAAAAACAACAAUUUACUAAUCAAGAGAGUGGCCCGACCCAAAGCAAAAAGGAACGCAACUUGUACAGCACCAUAAAUACUCCCAAAAGGACCCCUUCAACUGGAAGUGCCAAAAUUCUCGACGAAUUAGAAGUCUACUUAAGUGAGCCGAACAUCCCAAUGGAAGAGUUAGAUGAUUCUGGUGUCUUGCAACCAACUCGAGCUCUUAAAUAUUGGAAGCUUCAUUCCCACCGUUUCCCUAUCUUGUCUCUUGUUGCAAGAGAUAUUUAUGGUUGUCCUACCUUUUCCGCCAGUAUUGAAAGAGCGUAACUAGUGAUA